AACAUAAAUAGUACUAUACAAAGCUUGGAAUACGUUUUUAUCAAAAACAUUUUUUCGCAAAAACACGUAUAAUUUGAUAUACCUAAAACGUAAUGGGCCGAAGAAAGAGUAAGCGAAAACCUCCAAGCAAAAAGAAAGCUAUUCAACCAUUAGAUACACAAUUUAAUUGUCCAUUUUGUAAUCAUGAAAAAUCAUGUGAGGUUAAGAUGGAUAAAUUAAGAAAUACAGCAAGAAUUACUUGUAGAGUCUGUUUAGAGGACUUUCAAACUACAAUUAAUUUACUUUCUGAACCUUUGGAUGUGUAUAAUGAUUGGAUCGAUGCAUGUGAAAAUGCAAAUUGAAGUUUAUUAUUGCUGCACUUGAUUAAUUCAGUGCUAACAAACUUUGUUUCCUUUGCUAAGUCGUCACCAUUGUACAAUAAGAGUUAAUAUCAAAUUAUGUGCAAUGCAUAAAUAGUUAGUUCACACUAUCUAUUUUAUUAAUGAAAAGGCACUUAUGUAUACACAAUACAUAUACACAAUUCUCUAGUCUAGAAUAAUGGAAUUUAAUAUACUUUUUAUUAUAUUACAUUAUGUACUACUUAAAGUAGAGUCAUGAUAUACAUAUAAUUAUAUUUAUAUAUAUCUUAUCUAUUAUACUUGUUAAUUACGCAUGUAAACAUGUAUCUAUAAAGAUAAUAAUAAUGAAAAUUAAUUAUAUAUAUGAAAAAGGAAAACAUGUAAUGUUUUAUAUUGUAGGUUUUGACUAAAGUGUUAUUGUAAUACAAUGUCAAAAUGAAUAAAAUAAUUGGUAGUAUA